ACACACACACACACAGGUGAGCGGCUCUUUAAAUAUAAAGGAAACACACUCAGCACAUAUUUGUAUUUCAAUCCUUCACACGCGCAGAACUAAAACAUUCACACUCGUAACGAUCGAGAGAUUUUUUGGAUGAAGACUUGGACUUUAUUUAUCACCGCAGCUCUGUCUGCUGUAUGUAUAGCUCAAAAAGACUGCUGGCAUGGAGCGUGUUAUCCACCGACGGGUGAUCUUCUGAUGGGUAGAGAACAGAACCUCAGAGCGUCUUCAACCUGUGGACUCAUGGGCUCUGAGGUCGUCUGUACCCCUCAUGGAAACACGAUGAAAUGUUGUCCAUGUGAUUCACGUUACCCAGCAGCGUAUAACGCUCACACCAUCCAGAACGUUCUCUCCAGCGCUGGACCGACCCGAUGGUGGCAGUCUAAGAAAGAUGAGAAUCCCGUCAGCCUUCAGCUGGAUCUGAAUGGGAUAUAUCAGCUGGAAACUCUCUUUCUUUCGUUUAAGGGUCCAAGACCUGAGGCUCUAAUCAUUGAGAGAACGAAGGAUUUCGGUCGCACCUGGCAACCCGCCCUGUACUUGGCUGCAGAUUGUCCAUCUACUUUUCCUCGGGUGGAUACCUCGCUUCCUCGCAGCCUCGAUGGGACUUACUGUUUUACACUGCCAUCCACCGGUGAUAAUCCCUAUAGAGACCAGAAAGUUCAUUAUUAUCCUUUACGACAGUUUGCAAACAUCGAUCUGCCCAACGAUUAUAAAAUUGAAGUGGCGUCUGGUUUUACUGGUCUGCGGGUAAAUCUGACUCAGUUGGGUCGUGUGCCCAGUAUGCCAGGCCGCCGUCUGAGUCAGUUUUACGCCUUGAGAGAAAUGAGAGUAAUCGGCUCCUGCUUCUGUCACGGUCACGCCAAUCGCUGUCUCCCUGACCCCACAGAUAAUAUAAAGGUUGGAGGAACGUGUGACUGUCAGCAUAACACAGCAGGUGUGAAUUGUGAGCGAUGUGAUGAUUUUUUUAAUGAUCUGCCAUGGAGACCGGCGGAGUACAACAAUCCACACACCUGCAAACGCUGUGAUUGUAAUAAUCACUCAGACCGUUGUCACUUUGAUCCGUUGAGAUACGAGGAGACGGGUCGCAGAAGUGGAGGGGUGUGUGACGCCUGUAUGCAUCACACCACAGGACCAAACUGUGAGAGAUGUGCACUGAAUUACUACCCAAACCCACUGAGCGACAUGAGGAGCCCAGACGCCUGUCUGCGUUGUCAGUGUAACUCUGUAGGUUCUCUGAACUCAGGUCAGUGUGAUGCAGUGACAGGUCAAUGUUUGUGUAAAGCUCAUGUGGAGGGUGCAAAUUGUGACCGCUGUAAACCUGGAUACUACAACCUCAACGACAACAACCCCAGCGGCUGCUCCAGUUGUCAGUGUAACUUUGCAGGCUCUCUGAACUCAGUUCAGUGUGAUGAAGUGACAGGUCAAUGUUUGUGCAAAGCUCAUGUGGAAGGUACAAAAUGUGACCGCUGUAAGUCUGGAUAUCACAACCUCAAUGCCAACGACCCCAGCGGUUGCUCCAGUUGUCAGUGUAACUCUGCAGGUUCUCUGAGCUUAGGUCAGUGUGAUGCAGGUCAAUGUUUGUGCAAACCUCAUGUGGAGGGUGCUAAAUGUGAUCGUUGUAAACCUGGAUACUACAACCUCAACGCCAACAACCCCAGUGGCUGCUCCAGUUGUCAGUGUAACUCUGCAGGUUCUCUGAACUCAGGUCAGUGUAAUGCUGGUCAAUGUUUGUGCAAAGCUCAUGUGGAGGGUGCUAAAUGUGACCGCUGUAAACCUGGAUACUACAACCUCGACCCCAACAACCCCAGCGGCUGCUCCAAGUGUUUGUGUAGUACUGAGGGUUCAGUCAGUAGUGUGUGUGAUCAGCUGACAGGUCAGUGUUUGUGUCGACCUCACGUCGAGGGUCUGGUAUGUGAUCGCUGCUCUACUGGAUACUGGAACCUAAAAUCACCCCAUGGCUGCCAACCAUGUGACUGUGACCCUAAAAAUGCCCGCAGUACCACCUGUGACCAGUUCACUGGUCAAUGUCAGUGUCGGUAUAGUUUUGGAGGCCGGACCUGCAGUGGUUGCCCUGACAACACAUAUGGGAAUCAUCUUAUUGGCUGUCGACCAUGUGACUGUGACCCAUCUGGCACAGAGUUGGGUGGCUGUGAUAAACUCACAGGUCUGUGUCGCUGUAAGCCGGGCGUUACAGGUGCUCGCUGUGAUUCCUGCAAACGUGGCCACUGCGACAGUUUCCCACAAUGUCCGGCUUGCCCGUCCUGCAUCUUUACUAUGAACACAGAGCUUCAGAACCUCACACUGCUUCUGGAUCAUCUGUCCAACAACAGGAUCCCUGAAGGCACAUCAGAUGAAGUGAAUCGAAAGAUCAGACGUCUGCAGAACACACUGACAAAGAUCCAAGAGUCCAUGCUUGUACCACCAUCAUCCAGCGACACACUGAUCCAAACCCUAGAGAAACUGGACACACUCAGAACUCAAAUGAAGGGUUUGACUAAAGAUCUGUCACCCCAGCCGUCAGAUCCAGACCUGGAGAAACGUUUAGAUGAGCUCGAGGAGUUAAUGUCAUCGAUACGACUGGAGUACUUGGCUAAGAGAGACGCUAUUAAAAACAUUGAUACAUCCAACAACACCGGCUCAUUUAACGCUAUCCAGAAUUCGUAUGACACGUCGACAGAUGCCCUCAAAAAAGCUGAAGCCGCUCAGGAACCCCUAAAGAAAUUGACUGAGACCAGAGACAAAGCCAUUAAGGAUCUGAACAGAGUUCAGCCGGCCAACACCAAAGAUCUAAUCAAACUGAAGGAGGAUUUGGCAACCCGACCAGAUCUGACUCCCGCCGCAGAGAAGGUGUGUGGUAGCACUCGUGUGGAGCCCUGCACUCCUCAACAGUGUGAAGGUGAUGUUUGUCCUCCUCCUGGAACGCCACCGUGUGGACCGGAGGAAAGCUGCAUAGGAGCGCUGCCUAAUGCCAACAAAGCUGUUCAGAACGCAGAAGACGUGAAAGACAAACUGCGGGAUCUGAACGACAAGAUCACCAAAGCACUAACACAGAUACAAGAAGCUGAUGAUUCAGCCAAAAAGGUGAGACUUUCCACGGACAACCUAGCCAAUCAGAUCAAGCAGGUACGUGACAAUGUGGACGGAGAUCUGAAGGACGCUAAAGACUUCAUCAGUACACUGAAAGACUACUUGUCAGCUCCUCAUUCUGAUCCAGAUGAGGUUCAGCGUAUCUGUGAGAACGUUCUGGAGGCCAAGUUACCUAUAAAUGUGGAAAAUCUGAAGAAGAAACUGAAGGAGAUGCAAGACCUGGCGUCAUCUCUGCCCGACAGCAGCAAAGUCCUGGAGUCCACCAAACCAGAGCUGGAGAAAGCCCGAAAAUUACUGGAGGAAGCCCAGAAAACACGAGAUGCUGCCUUCGGCAUACUGAAUGACACUGAGAGCAUUCAGAAGUCUUUGGAUGAAGAUGAGCCUGUGUUGGAUGACCUGGAGAAGAAGAUCCAGAAGAGUCUGGACAUCGCCAAGAACGUCAAGGAGAAUGUCUGGAAGAUUGAAGAUACGUUAGCUCCUGUAGAGAAGGGCAUUGAGGGUGUCACAGGUCUGGUGGAUGAGAUGCGUCCUCUUUUGGACACGCUGAAGAAGGACAUCCAGACGGGAACGGGACUGGCAGAUGACGCUCAAGAUAAAGCAAACGAAGCUCAGGAUGAAGCCGAUCAAGCCGCAAAGGACCUGGAAGCACUGAAGGAUGAGAUUGAGAAGCUCAGAGAGGCGGCAGAGGCGAAUAAUAAAACUGGUGAAGUAGGAGAUCGCUUAAAGACGCUUCAGGAUGUGGCGUCUACUCUUAUCUCAGACACCGCAAACAUCACCACUGCUCUCAAAGAUAAAGAGGCAGAGAUAAAGAAGGGUACAGAGGAGCUUCUGAAGAAAGCUGAUCUACUCUCAGGUCUGGAUGCUAAGCUGGAGACCCUGCGAGAGGAUAUUCGGCAGAAAGUCACAAGACUGAACCUGUGUCAGGGUUGAUCAUGCUUGCUGAUGUCUCUAUGAUGUCACACCGAUGUCCCACUGAUGUUAAAUAAUAAAUAGUUAUUAAUGUCAAAUGAUUCCAUGUUGAUGUCUGAUCAAAUAAUCUUGAAUCAAUAAAGAGAUGUUGAAUAUCA